ACUUUUGAGAACAACUUUAUCUAACUUUUAAUAACCACAUGGCUCCAUAUUAUGAAACUUUCGAAUUUUGAAACUCUGGGCUGCAAUUGAUAUGAGAAAAGAAUCAAAAUGUAAAAAGACUUUAAUAUAUGAUUUUAGAUUUGAAAUUACUUUGUCAAUCAUCGUGAGCCUUUUUUCGUUUUAUGAGGCUGCACCUGUUUAUAUUCGAGAACUUCAAUGCCUAGCAAUCCAAUUGAAGCCUGCAGAUUGCGAAAAGAUUGUAGCUCAUUUUCCACCAGGUUCUGCAGGAGGAAAGCAUUUUUUCAACACAACCCAAUGUUUCGAGAGCCUCGUAUAUUGGACUUUAAAUUCGAAACUAAAACAGAAAGAUGCGUAUAUACUUUUGAAAAAUCGACUUUAUCAAAUUGGCAGGGCGGAUUUGAUAUCGCUUAUUCAAAAUUGUGCAAACCGUUUUCCUAGGGAGCUUUUGGAUGAAACAAUCGACGAUUGGGGGGAUAACGAAGAAAAAAGUCAUCCAAAGGUGAAGCAUACAAAAAGCGAAAAGGACGAAGAAGGAAAAAAUAAGCAGCAGCAUAAAAACAAUUUCCACAAUCAUUUUUUAGGGAAAGUGGGUCUUGGUUCUUAUAAUAAAACUUUAAGUGAAUAUCCAUGCCUAAGCCAUCCUUAUCUAGUUCUGGGAAUAGUCAGUUUCAUUACUUUUAUCACUUGCUGCUGUACAUUAUGUAUAAGGCGAAAAAUUGUUGCUUGUCUUAACAUUUGCAGACCAAAGAAAAAAAAUAAAAAAUCUUCUGGCAAAUAUGUUUCAAUAGAUGCCGAACGUGGUCAGACGAAAAAGAAAAAAUCUUUUUCAUUAAAAUCCGGAACGAAAAAAAGUAAUGAUCCUUCGAAAGCUUUGAUAAAUACAGCUACUCAGGAUAGUCAAGCUUCAGUUUUGAAUGUUGACGAUGAAUUGACACCCACUGGUUGCUCACAAUGUUGCAAGAAAAAGAAGAAAAGGAAAAAAAGAAAAAAAUGAAGACGGGAGAUAUAAAGAUUAUUUGUAAUU